AAGCUGCCAAUAUUCUGCUGCAAUUCAAAGUUGGCUGGGGGCCGGUAGUGAGACCUACUUCAACAAAACUUUGCUCCUCUUGUCUUCUUUUCUCCUGAUACCUUUUGAUGCUCUUCACAUGUUAUUUGCAUAGCAAAGGCACUAAGCUGUCCAGGAAGAAAGGGCACCCUUUCCACCCCCAAUAAGUCUUUUUUUUCUCCCUUCCUUUCUUUUUCCCUUUCCUUUCUUUUUUUUUUCUUUCUCUCUCUCUCCUUUUUUUUUUUUUUUGGCCGGGUGGGGGGCGCGUGCGGGAGAAAAAGGGGGUUUGCAAAGGCAGCAAACCAGGAUGAUAACCUGGUUGUAUUGAAGGCAUCUCUUUUUCUGCCAAAUCGCAAAGUCCGUUCUCUAAAACCCGGGUUAGCCAGACUAUAGGGUUUUAUUCUGGCUGCAGAAUAACUAACUGACUGCUGUGGCUUUGCAAAGGGGGGCAGAAAAAAAAAAGUUAAGAGAGGAGAAGGGAGUACGUGAGUCGUCCAGUGCAAUCUCUAUUGUUUGAAACUUACUUUUUAUCAGAAUUUGAAGAUGAAAACGCACAUAGGUAACCCUCCAAAAAAUCAUCCAGUUUGCUAAAUUAUGGAAAUUUUGUGGAAGACGUUGACCUGGAUUUUGAGCCUCAUCAUGGCUUCAUCGGAAUUUCAUAGUGACCACCGGCUCUCAUACAGUUCACAAGAGGAAUUCCUGACUUACCUAGAACACUACCAGCUAACUAUUCCAAUAAGGGUUGACCAAAAUGGAGCUUUCCUCAGCUUUACUGUGAAAAAUGAUAAACACUCGAGGAGAAGACGGAGUAUGGACCCUAUCGAUCCACAGCAGGCAGCAUCUAAGUUAUUUUUUAAACUUUCAGCCUAUGGCAAGCACUUUCACCUAAACUUGACUCUCAACACGGAUUUUGUGUCCAAACAUUUUACCGUAGAAUACUGGGGGAAAGAUGGGCCUCAGUGGAAACAUAAUUUUUUAGACAACUGUCACUACACAGGAUACUUGGAAGAUCAACAUAGUACAACCAAAGUGGCUUUAAGCAACUGUAUUGGGUUGCAUGGUGUUAUUGCAACAGAAGAUGAAGAAUAUUUUAUUGAACCAUUAAAGAAUACCACAGAGGAUUCCAAACAGUUUAGUUAUGAAAAUGGCCAUCCCCAUGUAAUUUACAAAAAGUCUACCCUUCAGCAACGGCAUAUGUAUGAUCACUCCCAUUGUGGGGUUUCUGACCUCAUAGGUGGCAACCCUUGGUGGCUGAAUGACACAUCUCCCCUUCCUUCUGCACCACCAAUUAAUGGCACACACAGACAGAAGAGAUCGGCAAGCAUUGAGCGCUUUGUGGAGACAUUAGUCGUGGCAGACAAAAUGAUGGUGUCCUAUCAUGGCCGCAAAGACAUUGAACAUUACAUUUUGAGUGUAAUGAAUAUUGUUGCCAAACUUUACCGUGAUUCCAGCAUAGGAAACGUUGUGAAUAUUAUAGUGGUCCGCUUAAUUGUUCUCACGGAUGAUCAGCCAAACUUGGAGAUAAACCACCAUGCAGACAAGUCCCUCAAUAGCUUCUGUAAAUGGCAGAAAUCCAUUCUCUCCCACCAAACUGAUGGAAACAUCAUUCCAGAAAAUGGGAUUGCCCACCACGAUAAUGCGGUUCUUAUGACUAGAUAUGAUAUCUGCACUUAUAAAAAUAAGCCCUGUGGAACACUGGGCUUGGCCUCUGUGGCUGGAAUGUGUGAGCCUGAAAGGAGCUGCAGCAUUAAUGAAGACAUUGGCCUGGGUUCAGCUUUUACCAUUGCACAUGAGAUUGGUCACAAUUUUGGUAUGAACCAUGAUGGACUUGGAAAUCCUUGUGGGACGAAAGGUCAUGAAACAGCAAAACUUAUGGCAGCUCACAUUACUGCAAAUACCAAUCCUUUUUCCUGGUCUUCCUGCAGUCGAGACUAUAUCACCAGCUUUCUAGAUUCAGGCCGUGGCAAUUGCCUUAAUAAUGAGCCUCCCAAGCGUGAAUUUGUUUACCCAACUGUGGCCCCAGGUCAGGUGUACGAUGCUGAUGAGCAAUGUCGUUACCAGUAUGGACCAGGAUCCCGCCAAUGUAAAUUUGGGGAAGUGUGUAGAGAGCUCUGGUGUCUCAGCCAAAGCAACCGCUGUGUCACCAACAGUAUUCCUGCAGCGGAGGGAACAUUUUGUCAGACUGCGACUAUUGAAAAGGGGUGGUGCUAUCAGGGAGAAUGUGUUGCUUUUGGCACUUCGCCCCAGAGCGUAGAAGGGGGCUGGGGUGCCUGGUCACUGUGGGGAAAGUGCAGCAGGACCUGCGGGGGAGGCGUCUCCUCAUCUCUAAGACAGUGUGACAGUCCAGCACCUUCAGGAGAUGGAAAAUACUGCCUUGGGGAAAGGAAACGGCAUCGCUCCUGUAACACAGAUCCAUGUCCUUUGGGGGCCCGAGAUUUUCGAGAGAAACAGUGUGCAGACUUUGACAAUAUGCCUUUCCGUGGAAAUUAUUAUAACUGGAAACCCUUUACUGGAGGUGGAAUGAAACCUUGUGCAUUAAACUGCUUGGCUGAUGGCUACAACUUCUACACUGAACGUGCCCCCGCAGUGAUUGAUGGGACUCGGUGCAAUAUGGAUUCGCUGGAUAUCUGUAUCAACGGAGAAUGCAAGCAUGUAGGUUGUGAUAAUAUUUUGGAAUCCAGUGUUAGGGAAGAUAAAUGUCGAGUCUGUGGAGGGGAUGGAAGCACAUGCGAUGCUGUUGAAGGGUUCUUCAAUGAGACGUCACCCAGAGGAGGAGGAAACUCCAUACUGUCUUCCACAGUGGCUGAACCAGUCUGCAUGCCCUCCAACAUUACAGGAAAGUUCCUAUGCUACCUGACAGUUGUGCAGAUACCAAGAGGUUCUGUUAAUAUUGAAGUCAGAGAAGUUGCCGUGUCACCUGCCUAUAUUGCUUUAAAAUCUGAAACAGAUGAAUACUAUCUUAAUUGUGGUUGGACUAUUGACUGGCCUAAGAAGUUUGAUGCUGCUGGGACAACUUUUCGCUACAAGAGACCAACUGAUGAACCGGAAUCCUUGGUAGCUCCAGGUCCCACCACGACAAAUCUCAUUGUCAUGGUUCUUUAUCAAGAAUCGUAUGAGGGAAUUACGUAUAAGUUCAAUGUUCCUAUCACUCGGACUGGCAGUGGAGACAGUGAUAUUGGCUUUACCUGGAAUCAUCAGCCUUGGUCAGAAUGCUCCACUACUUGUGCUGGAGGUUUCCAAAAACAGGAGGUGGUCUGCAAAAGAGUGGAUGACAGCUCUAUUGUCCAGGACAAUUACUGUGACCCUGACACUAAGCCACCUGAAAAGCGAAGACGCUGCAAUAUUGAGCCCUGCUCACCUGAGUGGUUCAUUGGAGAUUGGUUGGAGUGUAGCAAGACUUGUGGCGGUGGAAUGCGUACAAGGGCAGUGCUCUGCGUCAGAAAGAUGGGACCUUCUGAGGAGAAGACACUGGACUCCAGCGCUUGCUUAACUCACCGGCCCGUUGAAAGAGAGUCCUGCAACAACCUGCCAUGUCCACCUCAGUGGGUGGCUUUGGACUGGUCAGAGUGCACUCCCAAGUGUGGUUCAGGAUUCAAGCAUCGGAUUGUUCUGUGCAAGAGCAGUGACCUUUCUAAAACGUUGUCAACUGCAUACUGUCCACAGGAGAGCAAACCCUCUACCCGCAUGCGCUGCAGUUUGGGCCGCUGCCCUCCUGCUCGCUGGGUGACAGGAGACUGGGGCCAGUGUUCUGCUCAGUGUGGCCUUGGACAGCAAAUGCGGAUCGUGCAAUGUCUCUCCUACACUGGACAGGCAUCUAGUGACUGUCCGGAAACUGUGCGGCCUUCAUCGAUGCAGCAGUGUGAAAGCAAAUGUGACGGUACCCCUACUUCCAACACUGAAGAGUGCAAAGAUGUGAGCAAAGUGGCUUACUGCCCGCUGGUGUACAAGUUCCAGUUCUGCAAUCGAGCAUACUUCAGACAGAUAUGUUGUAAGACCUGCCAAGGACAGUGACCCACGGAAAGCCGGAGAGAGAGCCUUGUCAUUUCAUCCUGGAAACGUGUCCAUCACAGAGAGCCACCCGGAGGAAGAGGAUUGGUGUCCUUGCAGAUGCAUUACCCUGUGGAAAACGUAACCACUGGUCAGCCCUAGCUGACAGGAUUUCAAUAUUAUUUUAACUUCUGUGAAGUAGGAUUUAUUGAUCCAAAGUGCUGGACACAGUUUUAGGAGGGAAUGCCAGAUUGGAGAGAUCCAAACAACACAGGGAGACUUGCUUACUGUGGAACGUUUGUGUUCUUUCGAGUAAAUCCAAUAGCCUGUUUACCUCCUUGGACCAUUAAGAUAAUUUUUAUUAUAGACUUAGCAAUGACACUGAAUCCAUUUGUAUUUAAAACUGUUUAAAAAUGUAGCUGGUAUGACUUGGUCAACUAUGGAAGUAAAGAAGAUUCAGAAAUCUUAAAUCAUAGCUUAAAAAAUAUUUACUAUACUUUAUCUCACUACAACAGCACCACCAUUUAAAUUCUAAACUGGGCUUUAACCUGUAAUUUAAGGAGCAAUUAUAAAUCAAGACUAAUGAAAGUUUGUAUGAUUUUUUUUUCUUCCUUCUACUUAAUUUCCUUAGGAAUAAUCCCCCUGUUCUGAACACUGCUGUGAGCCAUAUAUAAAACUACAUUAAACCGAACGACAGUGAAGGACUUAGUUGAAAGCAGUGCCUCAGUUACUGCAGCUGUGUAGCUCUAUAAACUCAGUGCUAAAAGACUGUGGCCCGCCUGCCAUUGUGCAAGUGAAGCUGAGAUUCUCAUUAACACUUUAAGAGAAAAAACAUUUCAAUGUCAUGCAGAAGCCAGACCUGGGGUAUGGUAGAGACUCAAGUACCAGGUCCUGUGCUGCCAUCACACAGGGAUGCCUCAGCUCUUAAUAGGAGUCACUCCAACUCACUCGUGUUUACAGCCACAGAACGGCUUCUGCCCCACUGGGUGGCUGCACCUACACUAAGCUUACUGAGACGAUACCAGGCAAAAAAGAUAGACUGGCUCAGUAACAACCAGGCAGACCCUUUUGCUGACAGUUACGAUGGGUUCCAGAUGUCCCUUCUUUGAUAUGGCAGGAGGGCAUUUAUUUAUAUGGGAGCAAGUGUGUGUGUGUGUGUGUGUGUGUGUGUGUGUGUGUGGGCGCUUUUGAGUGUGUGGGUAGAUGAGUGUGCUUGCACGUAAACGUGCUAUUUCUCUGAGUUUAAAGUAGGCAAGGGAUAACAACCAAAGAAGAAAAACUCAUGAGGACUAGAGAUCACAAAGCGUAAUUUUAAUAGUCACUCAACCAAGUAUUUUAUAUUUUUUAUGGUUACUCUGAACAGCAACUAAAUGUGAAACCCAGUUUCUUGAGCAGGUCAGAUUCUAGAAUCAAAUCCACCUAAUUUAAAUUGACUAGCUCACACAUUCCCUAUCCACAAGUUUCACAUCAUGCUCAUCAAAACCCAUGACAGUGAAAUUUAAAAAGAAAGAAAGAAAGAA